UUAGCAGAAGGUUUUAUAGACAGAGUGAUUUUCUGCCUCCUAGAGAUUUCUAAAUCCCUUCGUUGCCAAACGAAGAUCGAGUUUCUAGUCAUUUGUAUUUUGUAGUUCUCCGACAGAACUCAGAAGUAGUCAUGCCUUACUUCUAUCCUCCAUAUCGUAGGGCGAAAGUCCAAACUCCGAAAUCCAAACGAGUCUGAUUUCAAAAAUUUCUGAGCAAAUACAUCUUAUAAAUCUCGUUCUUUUCUUCUGUUCACAUUCAUGGAGGCACCGAAACCCUCGUCUCAGAUGCGAGUCCUCGUUCGACCAUCUACUUCGACUGCAAACACUUCAUCUUCUUCCUCCACAGUCCCACUCGUUCCUUCUUCUGCUUCUUCAACAAACACACUAGAACUCCCCGUCUCUUCUUCACGUCUGCUCUCCACGAAUUCAUCUUCUUCGUCUUCGUCUGCGCCUUCCUCGUCAACGUUUCCACCGUCGUUGUCUCAGCCGGGACCUCCAGAAGGCGUUGUGGUUGUAGGUUUCAUUGGAAGAAGGGAGGAUGACGUGAUUCAGUUGAUAAACCGGAUUCUUGACGCCAAUGUCUUUGGAUCAGGUAAUCUCGACAAGAAGCUUCCUAUUCGUUCGCGUAAUCUUGGAGAAGAGGAGCUGGGAGAGGAGGUGAAGGAUUGGUUUCAGCGUCGAAAAAUCAGUUACUUUCACGACGAGGAGAAAGGGAUUGUCUUUUUGCAGUUCUCAUCCACUCGGUGUCCGGUUUUUGAAGAAGUAUCAGAAUUUUCUUCGGGAUUGGAUUCAGUGUUGGAAGACCGCGAAUUUGGGGAUCUUCAGGGAAUGUUGGUUAUGUUCUCUGUCUGCCAUGUAAUCAUAUUUCUUCAGGAAGGGUCGCGUUUCGAUACCCAAAUAUUGAAAAAAUUUCGAAUGCUACAAGCUGCGAAGCAUGCUUUGGCUCCAUUUGUAAAGUUACACAUAAUGCCAGCACUAACCCCUAGGCCCUCCUCCUCCUCCUCACUACCAGCUGUUCCAUUAAGCUCUUCUAAGAACUCUUCUCCUGGUAGAGGUGGUGGCGUCACAAGUCGCCAUGCUUCAGCUAUUUCACUCAUGUCAGGUUUGGGUUCAUAUGCUUCUUUGUUCCCAGGCCAGUGCACUCCAGUAAUUCUUUUUGUUUUUCUUGAUGAUUUCCCAGAGGGCUUAAGUCCUGGGUCCCAUGUUGAGGAAUCAACUGAUUCCCUGCCUUCUAAUCAGUCCUCUAGUAUGAAUGGUUUACCUAGGCUUAAUUUGCCCACAAAGAGUUCAAGUUCUGUUGUUAUGCUAGCACGUCCAGUGAGUAAAUCUGAAGGUGGUCUGAGGAAAUUACAGUCAUCUCUUGAUGCCCAGAUCCGGUUCUUGAUUAAGAAAUGCCGUACAUUGGCUGGUUCUGAAGCCAGUCAUGCUGGAUCAAGAGGUGGGAGCAAUGCAAGUUUGGCACCUUUGUUUUCCCUUGAAGCUUCAAGGGCUGUUGCCCUGCUAGACAGAUCAACAAAUCAGAGAAGUGAAUCACUGGAUUUUGCUACUGGUAUUAUUGAAGAAGUUCUUAAUGCAAAGGCAUCCUCAGAUACUCUUAUGCUUGAAAGCCAUGGCCAGAGUGCGAACAAGGAGGAUAUUCAAUCUAUAAGGGAGUUCAUUUAUAGGCAGUCUGAUACUCUAAGAGGGAGAGGGGCCUUGGUGACUAACACCAACAGUGGGUCUGCUGCUGGUGUUGGUAUGGUUGCUGUAGCUGCAGCAGCAGCAGCAGCAUCAGCUGCAUCUGGGAAGUCAUUUAGUAUUCCUCCUGAACUUCCAAGUUUGGAAGACUGGUUAUCUUCUAGUCAACUUAUUCUAGAUGCAGUGCUCAGUGCCAGACAUGGGUAUCUUGAUGAUAAUGAAAUCAGUAAAAGAAAAGUUCUUCGAAGAAAUGCUACAGCAACAAAGGUUGAGGGGAAUGCACCUGCAGAAGUGGCUAUUUCUUGGUUGGGAAGUGGUAGAGGCCUGAAUAUGAAAUUUUCAACCUCGUGGUGUCAGAAAGUGCUCCCAGCUGCUAAGGAAGUUUAUCUGAAAGAUCUGCCUGCUUGUUAUCCAACCUCCCUGCAUGAGGCACAGUUACAAAAGGCUUUGCACGCUUUCCACUCAAUGGUCAAGGGACCUGCUGUGCAGCUUUUCAUGAAGAAGUUGGAAGAUGAAUGCACAUCCAUCUGGAGAUCUGGAAGGCAGCUCUGUGAUGCUGUGAGUUUGACUGGAAAACCUUGCAUGCACCAGAGACACAACGUUGAGAUUGAUGGUUCACUUUUAGGUGCUGAGGUUAAGCCACAUUCUAGCGGAUUUGUUUUCCUCCAUGCUUGUGCUUGUGGUCGUUCACGAAGACUGAGAGAUGACCCUUUUGAUUUUGAAGCAGCCAACAUUACUUUCAACUGUUUUCCAGACUGUGAUGUUUUGCUUCCAGCACUCCAACUACCCAAAGUGAUUAAUGCAGGACCUAUUCAGCCCUCUUCAUGGAGUCUGAUUCGAGUGGGAGGUGCUAGGUAUUAUGACCCUUCUAAAGGCUUGCUUCAAAGUGGGUUUUGCUCUAGUCAGAAGUUUCUUUUGAAGUGGACAAUCUUGCUGGAAAAACGGAAAAAAACAAAUAGUUUGUCAGCAGGUUCAGCCCCAAAAGGAUCUGUGACAAGAUCUGAGGAUCCCAAAGUUGAAUCUGUUACAGAUGAAGAAAUAAGGAAAACCGGUGCUUCUCAGUUGCACCAGGCAGAUGUGCGGACUAUAGUAGUAGAAAAUCAAAGAAAGCGCUCAGACAACAUUUCUGUUGAUGACCAAAAGAUCAGUUUUGGUAGAGGUCUUCCAAAUUUUACAAUGAGAAAACCAUUUUCUGAGGUUGUUGCUGGUUCAGCUGCUGUAGAUUCAGCAUUCCCUCCUCUUCAGCAGAGAAAGCAACAUACCACGGGUUCGGAUACGGGUAUUAAGCAAAAGGAUGCAAAAGAUAGAAGUGAUCAACAAGUCCAUACAACUAGUGACUUUCAAGGAUCCCAGAAAUCUGAAGAACUUUCUUCUGCUCAAGAAAGCUCACAUGGGGUUGAGAGUAAUGGCUACACAGAUGGUGAUACAUUUCUAAGGAUAGGAAGCAAUGUAGUCCCAGUACACACGAAUGGUGGUGGAAAAAAUAACUCGAGUGCCUCUUUGAAGCAUGUGGUAGCAUAUGUAGGAUUUGAGCAUGAGUGCUCCUAUGGCCAUCGCUUCUUAUUGACUCCAGAGCAUCUCAAUGAACUUGGUUCCUCAUAUUCAUUGCCUGAAGAAUCACAAUUCCCUUCUUCUAUAGAAAAUUCAAGUCAAAAAGUAGAAGGACGACUCAACUUAAAUAAAAAUGGUGGACAAGAGAAGGUUAAUUCACACUCCAAUGAGAUGAUUUCUGCUGCAUCAAAUAAAGUGAAAACUUCAAAUAGGUCAAAAGAAGCAGUUGCUAGUGGUAACCGACAUUGGGAUGGACUUGUACUUUUCUCAGGAUCAGGGAAAGAACCAGGCCAAUCCUCUAAUGAGCUGUCAGCGCUCCCUAAAUCUUUAAAAGACCUUGAAGAGAGCCUUCAAUCUGUUACACUUGAUGAUGAUGGGUCUGCAUUUUCCCUUUUGAAUAGGAAUUUGCCCAUAUUCAUGAACUGCCCACACUGUAGAAUAUCUAAAAGUGAGAAAGAUCAGAAAAAGAUCAAGUUUGCCAGCACUAUAUCACAGCUCCAAAGGAUCUUUCUGGUGACACCUCCAUUUCCAAUUGUUUUAGCAACAUGCCCAGUUGUACAAUUUGAGGUCUCAUGUCUACCUCCAUCCGUGCUGAACCAUGAACAACAAUCACAAUUUAGCCUUGGGUGUCGAGUUAUCUUACCACCAGAGAGCUUCCUCACACUUAGACUCCCUUUUGUCUAUGGUGUGCAAAUGGAGGAUGGAAAACUUCGUCCUCUUAACCACCUUGAGCAUCAACCUGAACUAACAGCCUGGAUCAUCAAAGGUACAACAUUGCAGGUCGUAUCCAAGGGAAGUGGUCUCCAUGUGGGAUCUCGGACUUAAUUAUAAUCACAUAAGCAAAACUUUUGGACAUUAGCAUAAUUUGCUUGUUAAAUGGCUGGUGGAGAUGGACUGUAUCAACAAGACCAUAUAACGUCAGAGUAAGGAUGUUGGUGGGUUGAAGUAGUUGCUUGCUUCAGGGAUUUGGCAUACUGCAAUCAGAAGUAAGAAGCUUUGAGGAUGUUUCAAUGUCAUCAGUUAUCAUCUGUUACCAAUGGAUUGCUGUCCAUCAAUUGGACGAAAACUUCCAAACUUUAUGGAGAAACUUGUUUGACUGGGAGCUGGAUGAGAUUGUGGAGCUGCUGGAGCUUCUACAGAAACAAAGGAUAGAUAUAAAUUUGGAGGAUGAAUGGAGUUGGAAAUGGAAUUCUGAUGGCUGCUUCUCUGUUAAAUCCUUAGCCUUCAAGCUGAGCAGUCCAGGUUCUGCGGUUUUUCCUGCCAAAGAGAUUUGGAAUUCAACAAUUCCCUCUAAAUCCAAUUUUCUUGUAUGGACAAUGGCUCUAGAUAAAUGUCUGUCUAGGUCUAAUUUGGAGAGACGAGGCACAUCCAGCUUCUGGACUCCUCUUGUGGUCUGUGUGGCAUCCUCCCAGAAACUACAGACCACCUAUGCAUUUACUGUCCGAUUUUCUCCAUGGUGUGGGAGCAUUUCCUGAAAGCUUUGGGUAUCAGCUGGGUUAUGCCAAGGUCUGUCAAGGAUCUGCUGUGCUGUUGGAAAAUCAAAGACUUAAAUAAGAAGGAAAAAUUAGUGUGGAAAACCA